AUUGACUCCGCCCCCGCCAACCUUUACUCCCUUAUUCAACCGGUCUACUACCAGUCGGCCGCAUACUUGAACACUCUUGUUCAACGAGCAAUCACUUGGUGGUGGCCUAGCUUCCUUCCAACAUUUCGGUUGAGAAAGCAUUGACUGUCGUCUGCUUCAAUGGCUGGACCUGGCGGAGGCCCCUCCAGGCGCAGCCACACAAAGUCUCGAAAGGGAUGCAAAACGUGCAAGAAGAGGCACAUCCGAUGUGACGAAACAUUUCCGCAAUGUCGCAACUGUACAAAACAUCAAGUCCGCUGCGACUAUCAAGACAGUCCACAGGCGAUGCAACCUCCGGAAUCACCAAGGUCUCCGCAGCAACCGAAUCUACUUUGGACUCCUGAGAUAGAUGCGACCAUUGAACAAUGGCGCCAGACAGGAGUCUGGCCAUUCGACCAUUUGCCAGUCUACCCUCAGCCGCAAUGGCGCGUCUUUCCGAAAACCGACCUGCGUCUGGUGCACCACGUAGCAACAAUCUCGAACGAAAUGUUCUCCCACCGAACGUCUAAACUCACGCUCUGGACAGACAUGAUGCCAAAAUUUUUAAGCAUCGCCGCAUCGCAUCCUUUUGUGAUGCACUCUAUUCUCGCUUUUUCUGCGUCGCAUUUGGCGUGGAUCAGUCAGUCGAGUGAAACGCGAAAUCUCGCGUUUCAUCACGCGGGCAUCGCCUUAAAGGGUUUGCAUGACGGUAUUGCGAACUUCGCCAAAGUCAACUCGGAUGCGGUGCUUGCGUCUUCGCUUCUUCUUGCAUGGCAAGCCACCGAUUGGCGAGGUUGGGCUUCACUGGUCACCGGGACGAAGACAGUCAUUCAAGCAAUGCAGUCAUGGCGGCACGAGUCCAUGUUCGCCGAUUACAUCGCCGAGCAAGCUCCGUUGCCUGGAAAGAGUUUCAUGAAUCAGAGCUACUCACCCAUCUCAUCAGAAACCCGACGGGAGCAUCUCACCAUCCUGUCAGACGUUCAGAAUUCCUUGGCGCGACUUCAACCCUACCUCAGCCUAACCCGCCAUGAGCAGGAAGGAAAGUGGGUGGAGCAGCUUCGCAACUACAUCGAACGACUUCGGGCAUCUGGUGCCGCGCAAACUGCCGAAGAACAAUUCGGACAGCUGUAUGCCCUUCGGAAGUGGCUAUUCUGGGUACCAAUCUCACUGCUCGCUGCGAAACAUACUGAUGCCACGGUCAUGGUUGUGCUCGCACAUUUCUACGCCACCGCACUCGCCUUGGAACCUAUGUUCCCUGAAAUUGGUGCUGUCUUCUGCGCCAACCGCUCUCUUGGUCCUUUGGAAGAAAUUGUGCUCAUCGUCCAUGGUUACCGGAACCCCUCCUACGACGACCGCACGCAGUCCGUCUCGUACCUCAUCCAGUAUCCUAACGACGUAGCAAACUCAUACAAGGCUCGUCGAGAUUGGAUGCGACAGCAGGCCGGAGAAGGUUCACCCGUUCCCCAAACGCCGUACGGCUUGGAGGCUUUGAACAUGGACUUGCAAAACUUGGCGCAGUAUAGCUACGGCCAGAGCCUAAGUCCAGCAUUCGCGCCAUCGCCCCUAAAUUUCUUCCCGCAAACUACACUGCCCGGAUUGGCGUCCGGUCCAACCUCGCCAUAUCUCGAAGUGCCGCAAGUACCUCGCACGAGCGUCGACCUUUCAUACAGUAGUCCGUCCUACACAACUCCGCUGGGGUCUCCUGCGACCGGUCCUCAUUACUCGGUGCCGGAGCAACCACAUCCAUUCAGUUUUGGUAUGCCUCCUAUGGGAUACCACCCCAGCGGGUUCGUGACGGCUCCUACUCAGAUCUGGACGUAAAGACACGAGGCUGAACGUCGUCCAGGGAUCCCAACAAGUUGAAGCCGCAGCCCCCGCCCAGCGCUGGACACACCCCACAACCCAUCCCCGGCCAGGCACCAACACUCCCACCUGUAUCCACCCAGGCAUAUGGCGCGUAUCCCACCCCUGGACCGCAACUACCUCCCAUCCAGUUCAGCCAUGACCAGCGCAAGUUACCUUGAGCGAAGUGAGGCGCAGUCAAUGCAUCCCACCUGCGCUAGUCUCGGCUGUGAACUACAACGAAUGGCUCUACCCGCUCGACUUAUUCGCUUUAUACACCACACCAUUCCAUUACGACAUGAAUGAUUUCCCGAUUUACGCAUACCAUUUGGCUUUAUUGCUUUCCGCGCCGCAGCGCAAGACCCUCCCGGUCUUGAUGUCAAU